AUGGGACGCCACACCCUCACUCCUCCCCAACAGCCUCCAAACCCCCCACCUCCGCUGGAUCCAAGGCGUGCGGCCACGGAGGCGAGCCUCUCCGGUGACGGCGGCAACCUGCAGGCAGAGAAGAUGGGAGAGAGGGAGAGAAGGAAUGAGAGGAGGGAGGUCCGGCGGCGGACAGUAGAGGGUCAGCAGCCUGCGCCAGCGAGGUCAGGUGUGACCUGGCAGACCUGGCAGUUGAUGGCGUCCACUCCUGGAUCCUUCUUGCACUUCCCCACUGCCAACCACCAAGCACGGGUCAGGGAGCAUGGGAUUGACGACGGUGGCUGGAAGCCAGGAUGGCUGGCUGAGGAAGAGGGUGAGGACUUGAGGAUUGAAGAGGGUUCCUAUGGAGACUGUUCUUUGCAAGGCCAUGCCGACCUCGGCAUCAUUGGGUUGGUCGCUGAAGAAGUUGAGGCAGAGGUGGCUGUGGAAGUUGUGGAGGAAGAUCUAAGGGAUCUGUAG